CAUUUGAUACAUUGGGGAGUGCAAGUCCAACGGUCGAGAGAGUAGGGCGGGAAUAGUGGCUCGUGAGCUCUGUUUUGAACGAUGAGCCAAGUGCUUUUGCCGUUGAGUCGAAUUUGCGAAGCCGUCGACUGGAGCGAGAUUGUGUUAGCGCCGCUCUGGUAAUCUAGUCAGAAGGGUUCGUGUUAUGGCUUGAUUCUUGAAUUGGCGCGAUCAUUAGGUUUUUAGCGUCGAGGACGUUGGUGUGAUCCAUGUCGGAGGUGCAUGCAGGUCAGCCUUCUUCAUACUACACCUCGGUGAGUUCGGGAUUUGGGAGCGCAAUUUCGUAGGAGCUUGAAGUAUUUUCGCUUUUCGAGUGCUUUGAGCACCGAGGCGUUGCGUUUUUUUGAAGAUUUGAAUACCUACAGCAUAGUUAGUGUUGGAUUUGGCAAUCCGAUUGUGGGAUGGACCCAGAUAGUAUGGAGAAGGGGGAUGAGCCGAAGCUGCCCGAAUUGAAGCUAGAUGUUAAGCAAGCACAGGGGUUCAUUUCUUUCUUCCGCAGGCUUCCCGAGCUGGAUUGAUGUCCUGCUUGAUGCUUAUGCAGAACGAGCAAGCUGUGCGCUUCUUUGACCGCAAGGAUUAUUUCACUGCUCAUGGUGAUAAUGCAACCUUCAUUGCCAGUACGUACUAUAGGACGCUCACAGUUCUCAGGCAGCUGGGGAGCGGGGCUGAUUCUCUCCCUGGUGUGACCAUCAACAAAAGCAUGUUUGAGACUAUUGUGAGGGAUCUCUUGCUAGAAAGAACUGAUUGCACUGUUGAACUCUAUGAGGGCACCGGAUCUAAGUGGCAACUUGUUAGGAGCGGGUCUCCUGGCAAGCUUGGCAGCUUUGAAGAGGUCCUGUUCGCAAGCAAUGAGAUGCAGGAAACUCCUGUAGUCAUGGCUGUAAAUAUUACUACACGUCAAAGCGAGCGGUGUGUUGGGAUAGCAUUCGUGGAUAUGACGAAGAGGCAGCUUGGAAUGACAGAGUUCUUAGACGAUGACCUAUACACCAGUUUGGAGUCCGCCAUGGUAGCUUUAAGCUGUCGUGAAUGUAUCAUACCCAUGCCAACCGCUGCCAAGUCCCCUGAUGAUCGUAAACUUCGUGAUGUAAUGGCACGCUGCAAUGUUUUGGUUACUGAGAAGAAGAAAUCUGAUUUUAGGUCGCGAGAUGUAGAACAAGAUUUAGGCCGAUUAGUCAAAGGUCCUGCUGAGCAACAUAAAGAACUGGUGGCAGCAUCUGAUUUAGCGGCUGCUGCUCUUGCCGCGCUUCUGACAUAUACUGAACUCCUCUCUGAUGACACAAAUUAUGGAAAAUACGUCAUUCAGCCCUACAGUCUGGACCUCUACAUGCGAUUGGAUGCAGCAGCUUUACGAGCUCUCAAUGUCACUGAGAGCAAAACGGAUUCUAACAAGCAUUUUAGUCUGUUUGGUUUGAUGAACCGGACUUGCACCCAAGGUAUGGGAAAAAGAUUGCUGAACCGGUGGUUGAAACAACCCCUAGUGGAUGUUGUUGAGAUAACCAAAAGGCUGGAUACAGUGCAAGCGUUUGUGGAGGAUCUAGAAUUAAGGCAGGACUUGCGGUCUCACCUACGGCGAAUGCCUGACAUUGAGCGCUUGGUUAGCAAGCUUGAGAAGCGCAAAGCGGGAUUGCAAGAUGUUGUGAGAUUGUAUCAGGCCAGUUUGAGGCUGCCUUUGAUUCGAACCUGCCUGGAGAAGUAUGACGGAGAGUUUUCCAAGGAUUUGCAAGAGAAAUACGGCACCCAUCUUGAUGUAUGGACACAGCCAAAUCAUCUAGGAAAAUUUGAUGGAUUAGUCGAGGCAGCUGUCGAUCUUGAACAGCUCCAGAAUGGAGAGUAUAUAAUUUCAGCAGAUUAUGACAACAGUCUUCAAGAGCUCAAAACUGGGCGCGACGAUGUGGAAAGGCAGAUACUUAAAGUUCACCAGCAGUCAGCAGAUGACCUGGGGCUUCCUGCGGAAAAGUCAUUGAAGUUGGAUAAGAGUACACAGUAUGGACAUGUUUUUAGGAUUACUAAGAAGGAAGAGCCGAAGGUUAGGAAAAAAUUGAAUAGUCAAUACAUAACCUUGGAAACUAGGAAAGACGGCAUAAAGUUCACGAAUGCCAAGCUGCGAAGGUUGAGUGAACAGUACACAAAGCUCACAGAGGAAUACUCGAGUGCACAGCGAGAGCUUGUUGCAAAGGUUGUGGAUGUUGCAGCAACAUUUGUUGAGAUUUUCUCAGGAGUUGCAGUUCUUCUGGCUGAUAUGGAUGUACUUCUUAGCUUUGCUGACUUAGCUUCCUGCAGUCCCGUACCUUACGUCAGGCCCUCAAUCACUUCUGCUGAUGAAGGUGACAUAAUUCUGGAAGGAAGUCGGCAUCCAUGUGUAGAAGCCCAGGAUGACGUCAAUUUCAUUUCCAACGAUUGUCGAUUGGUGCGAGGCAAGAGCUGGUUUCAGAUUAUCACAGGACCCAAUAUGGGUGGAAAGUCCACCUUCAUUAGACAGGUUGGUGUGAACGUGUUAAUGGCUCAAGUUGGAUGCUUUGUACCAUGCGACCGAGCAGAGAUCAGUGUGCGUGAUUGCAUCUUUGCGCGUGUUGGUGCUGGAGAUUGCCAGCUACGCGGAGUGUCAACAUUUAUGGCUGAAAUGCUGGAAACAGCCAGCAUUAUUAAGUCUGCUACAGAGCGUUCUUUGAUCAUUAUUGAUGAACUUGGUCGGGGUACUUCAACUUACGAUGGAUUUGGUUUGGCGUGGGCAAUAUGUGAGUACUUAGUGGAGGUCACUCGUGCACCCACUCUCUUUGCAACCCACUUUCACGAGCUAACAGCUUUAGAACAUUCAAACUCUCCACCUGUCCAUGGACCUCCCAGAGGUCCACUUGUAGGGAUUGCCAACUAUCACGUUAGUGCUCAUAUCGACACAAAAUCACAGAAACUUGCCAUGCUCUACAAGGUUGAAGAAGGACCUUGCGACCAAAGUUUUGGUAUCCAUGUAGCUGAGUUUGCGCAUUUUCCUGAAAGUGUUGUUGAACUCGCUAAGCAGAAAGCGGCAGAAUUAGAGGAUUUCUCUGAUACUGGGAAGGAUGUUUCAGGGGGGCUUAGUAAGGAUGAGGUUGGCACUAAGCGAAAGAGAGUAAGUGGCCCUGAUGACAAGGUAUUAGGAGCUGGGCGGGUGCGAAGGUUCCUUCAAGAGAUGGCAGCAUUGCCUGUAGACAAAAUGAGUCGUGAGGAGACUUAUGCCAAAUUAAAGGCCUUGAAAAGUGAGUUUGACAGAGACGCCGCAACAAACUCAUGGCUGCAACAGAUAGUUCAUUGAAAGGUUCUCUGAACGUUAUGUACAUUUGAUCUAGAGACAAACAUGUUUUAUUUAUGAAUAUAUCUUCCUUGUGAGGUGAAGUAAAUGAUGAUGAAAUGUGAAGUAAUUUUUUUGAUCCGUAGCUUUGACAAAAUACUUAUCUGUCUGGACGAAACGCAGUCUUCAAGCUGUUGUAUUGUUCGACUUAUUGAUAAAGAGGGAAACUAAUGAUUCACACAA